GUAAUACUGUGGAGAAGUGAGCUACAAUAAGAAAGGCGAAAAAUUCCGUUCCUGAGCUAAAAAGAGGAUCACAGUACACCUACAGACCUCGACGUAAUGGAGGCGGAUCUGUACGACGAGUUCGGUAACUACAUAGGACCGGAACUCGACUCGGAUGAAGAUGACGAUGUAGACGCUGAUGACCGAGAGGCGGAUGAGGUGGAGGAUGAGGAUGAUGAUGAUGAUCAGGUUGAGGGCGAUGAAGAUGGCACUGGGAUGGAGGUCGUUCUCCAUGAGGAUAAAAAAUAUUACCCCACAGCAGAGGAGGUCUAUGGGCCGGAGGUGGAAACCAUUGUCCAAGAGGAAGACACACAGCCCUUAACAGAGCCAAUCAUUAAGCCUGUGAAAACAAAGCAGUUCACUCUGAUGGAACAGGAGCUCCCAGCCACAGUCUAUGACAUGGAGUUUCUGGCUGAUUUGAUGGACAGUUCUGAACUGAUUAGAAAUGUUACUCUCUGUGGACAUCUGCACCAUGGCAAGACGUGUUUCGUGGACUGCCUGAUAGAACAGACUCAUCCUGAAAUACGAAAAAGAGAUGACAUGGAUCUGCGCUACACAGAUAUUCUCUUCACUGAACAAGAGAGAGGUGUUGGUAUUAAGAGCACUCCAGUCACCUUGGUUCUGCCAGACUCCAGAGGCAAAUCUUACCUCUUCAACGUAAUGGACACGCCAGGUCACGUGAAUUUUUCCGAUGAGGUCACAUCCGGAAUCCGGAUCUCCGACGGCGUUGUCCUCUUUAUCGACGCCGCUGAGGGGGUGAUGCUGAACACAGAGAGACUGAUCAAACACGCAGUGCAGGAACAUUUAGCCAUUACAAUCUGCAUUAAUAAAAUUGACCGUCUCAUUUUGGAGUUGAAGCUGCCCCCUACUGAUGCUUAUUACAAACUACGCCACAUAGUGGAUGAAGUUAACGGCAUGCUCAGUACGUAUUCGACGGAUGAGUCUUUGGUGGUGUCCCCUCUGCUGGGCAACGUUUGUUUUGCUUCAUCACAGUACAGCAUCUGUUUCACACUGGGCUCCUUCGCCAAGAUCUACUCUGACACCUACGGCGACAUCAACUACAUGGAGUUUGCCAAGAGACUGUGGGGAGAUAUCUAUUUCAACCCUAAAACGAGGAAGUUUACUAAGAAAGCCCCCAACAGUAACUCCCAGCGAAGCUUUGUCGAGUUUGUGCUGGAGCCUCUUUACAAAAUCUUAUCACAGGUGGUGGGGGAUGUGGACACAUCUCUGCCGCGGGUGCUGGAUGAGUUGGGGAUCCAUCUGACUAAAGAGGAGCUGAAACUCAACAUCAGACCUUUACUUCGCCUUGUCUGCAACCGCUUCUUCGGCGAAUUCACAGGUUUUGUGGACAUGUGCGUGCAACACAUUCCAUCUCCUCAGGAGGGCGCCAGAGCCAAAAUUGAACACACUUACACAGGAGGACUGGACUCUGAUCUCGGGGAGGCUAUGGCUGAGUGUGACCCCGAUGGUCCCCUCAUGUGUCACACAACUAAAAUGUACAGCACAGACGACGGUGUCCAGUUCCACGCCUUCGGGCGGGUUCUGAGCGGGACCCUGCAGGCGGGCCAGCCCGUCAAGGUUCUGGGAGAGAACUACAGUCUGGAGGACGAGGAGGACUCGCAGGUCUGCACGGUCGGGCGACUCUGGAUCUCUGUCGCUAGGUAUCAGAUCGAGGUGAAUCGUGUACCUGCUGGUAACUGGGUUCUGAUUGAAGGUUGUGAUCAGCCAAUUGUCAAAACCGCCACAAUCACAGAACCCCGCGGAAAUGAAGAGGCCCAGAUUUUCAGGCCUCUGAAGUUUAACACGGCGUCGGUGAUUAAGAUCGCUGUGGAGCCCGUCAAUCCGUCUGAACUGCCCAAAAUGCUCGACGGUCUGAGAAAAGUCAACAAGAGUUACCCCUCACUCACCACCAAGGUGGAGGAAUCAGGAGAACACGUGAUCCUGGGGACAGGUGAACUCUAUCUGGACUGUGUGAUGCAUGACCUGCGAAAGAUGUACUCAGAGAUUGAUAUUAAGGUGGCUGACCCUGUGGUGACGUUCUGUGAGACAGUGGUGGAGACAUCCUCUCUGAAGUGCUUUGCUGAAACGCCCAAUAAAAAGAAUAAAAUCACCAUGAUCGCUGAGCCUCUGGAGAAAGGACUGGCCGAAGACAUCGAGAAUGAAGUCGUUCAGAUCACCUGGAACAGGAAGAAGUUGGGAGAGUUCUUCCAGACUAAGUAUGACUGGGAUCUGCUGGCUGCUCGCUCCAUCUGGGCUUUUGGCCCUGACACAACAGGACCCAACAUUCUCGUGGACGAUACUCUGCCCUCUGAGGUGGAUAAAGCUCUCCUGGGGUCAGUGAAGGACAGUAUAGUCCAGGGUUUCCAGUGGGGGACCAGAGAAGGACCACUGUGUGAUGAACCGAUCCGUAAUGUGAAGUUUAAGAUCCUGGAUGCUGUGAUCGGACAGGAGCCUUUACACAGAGGAGGGGGACAGGUCAUCCCCACAGCACGAAGAGUCGUCUACUCCGCCUUCCUCAUGGCCACGCCCAGGCUGAUGGAGCCAUAUUACUUUGUGGAGGUCCAGGCUCCUGCUGACUGUGUGUCUGCUGUCUACACUGUGCUCGCCCGCAGAAGGGGUCAUGUGACACAGGAUGCACCAAUCCCUGGCUCUCCUCUCUACACAAUCAAAGCUUUCAUUCCUGCCAUCGACUCCUUCGGCUUUGAGACUGAUCUCAGAACACACACACAGGGACAGGCGUUCUGCCUCAGUGUGUUCCACCACUGGCAGAUCGUUCCAGGUGACCCUCUGGAUAAGAGCAUCGUGAUUCGUCCACUGGAGCCUCAGCCAGCCCCUCACCUGGCCCGAGAGUUCAUGAUUAAAACACGCAGACGCAAGGGGCUGAGUGAAGACGUCAGUAUUAGCAAGUUCUUCGACGAUCCUAUGUUGUUGGAGUUGGCCAAACAGGAUGUGGUGCUUAAUUACCCCAUGUGAGACCGACGGACACGCCCCUCCAACCUGCCUCUGUCUCUGUCACA